AGUACAAACUGUCCUCCAAAAGCUCUAAGCACAUAUAUAGUUUAGACUGAUGAACACUAAGAAACUGCUGAAAACAUAAUGGUUUUGAGAGUCAUGAUGCGCGUAAAAUUAGCUCUAGUAAUAACCUUACUCUUGUGUGUUUUACCUCUUGGGAUAGAAUCUCAAAGCCUGGGUUGCUCGCUGCAAGGCCUACAACUUGAUAAGUGCCUCAACCAAGAGGGACAGUAUGUUUUCUUAGAGCCUUGUUGCAGAGCCCUUAACCAAGCUCUUCGAGUUGGGUUCCACUGUUUGUGCUCGGUUUUUAUGACUGAUGCUCCUCAAUUAACCACCAUUUUCUCUUUGUCCUUUUCAAGCUGCUACAUUACUGUCCCUCCUUUCACCAUGUGCCGAGAUUUAGGCACAAUGCCAAUAUCUCUUCCAAUUCCUCCUAACAGUUCAGCCAAGGAUAUUCAGACUGCCCAACAAACUCCCCUACUGCGACAAUCUCCUCCUCCUCAGGCAAUUGACGGUCAAUUAGGCCUCAGUACCACAAUUGCCAAUUCUACUGCGGUGGAGCAGCAGUCGCAUCUAACCAAAAAUGUUACAUCAACGCUACAUGUAGUGGAGAAUGGAAACAAUGUACCUUCAUCAGGUAGUAAAGAGGAUCAUAUUUUCUGCUUCAACUGUUGGUUAAUUAUUAUAGCUCUUUAUGCCUUGGUUUUUAUAUAGCCUAUAUUUUCUAUGUGGUAUUUUUAUACUUCUUAUUGUAGAUUUGUAGUCAGACCAUGAGAAAGUCAAUUGAGCAUUGAAGGUUGCCUAAGAAGAGAAUUUCUUUGAUGAAUUUGAUGUUCAUGUGACCAAGAAAUUCGUCUUGGCGUCCGAGAUUGAAUUUAAUACUAAGCCUAAAAUUUUUAGCCGGA